AUGUCAGUGGCAGAUAAAUAUAUUGGAUUAACAUUGGCAAUUGCUUCAAGUGUAUUGAUUGGAACUUCAUUUAUAAUAACGAAAAAAGGAUUAAUUGAUACAUCAAAUAGACAUGUGGUUCUUGGAGAAUUGUUAAAUUUUGCAGCAUAUUCUUUUGCACCUGCUAUUCUUGUAACACCACUUGGAGCUUUAAGUGUAUUGAUUGGAGCCAUAUUAGCGUCUAUAAUUUUAAAGGAAAGACUUGGAAAAAUUGGUUCAGUUGGAUGUGGAUUGUGUUUAAUUGGAUCAAUUAUAAUUGUUCUUCAUGCUCCAGCUGAUAAAGAAAUUAACACUGUUGAUGAAAUAUUAAGUUUUGCUCUGAAACCUGUAUUCAUGUAUACAUUUGUCGCAAUAUAUAAAUUGGUUCCAAAAUAUGGCAAAAAGAACCCUGUGGUAUUUCUAUCAAUUUGUUCGCUGGUUGGAUCAAUAUCAGUGAUGUCAUGUAAAGGAUUUGGAAUAGCAUUGAAAUUGACAUUUGCAGGAAAUAAUCAAUUAAGUCAUACAUCCACUUAUGUAUUUAUAAUUAUAUCUGUUGUAUGUAUAUUAGUACAAAUGAAUUAUUUCAACAAAGCGUUAGACAUAUUCUCUACAAACAUUGUAAAUCCAAUAUAUUAUGUAUUUUUUACAACAUCAACGAUAAUAGCGUCUGUAUUAUUAUUCCAAGGUUUUAAUACUGGCAAUACAGCGAAUUUAAUAACAUUAUUCUGUGGUUUCCUAACGAUAUUUGCCGGUGUCUAUCUAUUAAAUAUUGCAAAGAAUGAAGGAAUUGGAUUGGCGUCAUCGUUGAAAGAAAAUAAUACAUUAUUGGGUAGUGGUGGUGAUACGAGUGGAAAUAGCAGUAUAAUGUUAUCAUCAAUUGGUGAUCAUCAUCAUCAUGAUUCUUUGAUGAGAACAAGGGAUGCAACAUUACUGAAUGCAUUCGAUGAAGAAAGUUUAGGUUUAACUCAAUUAAAUGAUGAUAUUACUGAUUCUGAAGAUGAAUGA